CAGCCAUGAUAACAAUAAUCCUGUCUCUUUUUUUCUUACGUAUACACGUCUAGACAACUGCUUUAUAAGCCGCUGGUACCACCCUUCUCCUGUCAUAAGGAUUUUGCAUCCGCCAACGGGUCCAGAAGAGAAAGGCUGAAGAAUCCCGCAAACGAGUCUACGACGACAGGCAAGAUGGUCAGCUCAAAGGUCGUGGUCAGCUCAAGGGUCGGGGUCAGCUCAAGGGUCGGGGUCAGCUCAAGGGUCGGGGUCAGCUCAAGGGUCAGGGUCAGCCGGAUGGUGAUGGUAUCGGUCGUCGUCAUGGUCGUGAUGGCCGUGGUCACGCCAGUGGUCCAGAGCAAAGGUCACAAGGCCGGCAAGGCCGGUAAGGCCGACAAGGCCGGCAAAGGGCCAAGCAGCGACUUUGGCUCCUUCGGGACGCCGCCUCCUCCCAGCGAGGACUGUGUCGGCGUCGAGGCGGCCGCGGCCGGUGGAGCAUCGCUGGUGGCAGACCCGAACGACUGCACCAAGUACUCCGUGUGCGCGGGUAUGUUCAGCCUGAAGCUCACCUGCCCCCCCGAACAGCACUUCAGCGUGGCCGACAACAGGUGCACGGCCCCGGAACAGGCCGGAUGCGACCCCGCCUUUGCAGCUGCGCCGGCUGACGCAACAGAAGCUGCUGCUCAGGCCGAAGCUACCGAAGAAGCCGUCAACGUCGAGGCGGAGACAGCAGCUGAAGUCGCUGAUGCAGCUGAAGCAGUUGCUGAGGAAGUCGACGACGUAGUCUAAAUACCGGUCGCUCUGCAUGCCUCGUUGUCCUACAGAAGUGGACACGCGUUAUCGCAUCACGCCUGCAUGCUCACAGGCAGUCUCAACAAAACCAAAAAUAAAUAAAAGAAAAAGAAACUGUGCUGAAGCAUAUAGGGCAGCGGCAUCGAGGACAGCCUCGAAGUAACUUGCAUUUAUUAAAUAAAAAUAUAUAUUUUGCCAGUUUA